UAUUAAAAAAAAUUCUCCUAACGUCCAGUUUGGCCAAUCUUACCGCUCCUCCAAUCUUCAUCUUCCAUGCCCGAUCCGACGUCGGACUUCAGAUCGAAUCGUUCGCUUCAAGUUCUUCUUCCUCAUCAUCUUCCUCUGAAUCCCUAAUUCUUUCCCUCUCGAUUCGUUUUGAACAGCACUUUCGAAGCUCUGAGGGAGAAACUCUUUUGGCAGUUCCUGAAAAUUCAGCACAGGGAGGGGAGCGCCACGGAGACGGACGGAAGUGGUGGCAAUCGCUUUUGGUGGAAAUAGGGAGGUCCAGAUUCCGAUCAGGGUUUAAUGAAAUUCGUGUCUGAUUGGAGGAACGUUGAGUGUGAUUCGAGGAGAUUGACGAAUCGCGAGUUGGAAAUCACGUGGCGCUAUUGGCCCAGUGAAUGCAUUUCGACCCCAUAAUUGCUAUUGAAAUUUACCCAUUUAGUCAACUGUAUAAUUUUUAAUCAGGCAAGGUUCCCUCUUCUUUCCAUUUGUUGAAGGAGGAGGAGGAGGUGAAAGAAGAGAAUCGAAGAUGUUUAAGUUCUUAAAGGGAGUGGUGGGUGGAUCUGGGUCUGGACUCAAAGAUCUGCCCUACAACAUCGGCGAUCCGUACCCAUCAGCUUGGGGCUCCUGGACUCAUUUUCGCGGCACCUCCAAGGAUGAUGGGUCUCCAGUAUCUAUUUUUUCUCUUUCAGGUAGUGAUGCACAAGAUGGACAUUUGGCUGCAGGUCGCAACGGUGUGAAGCGGCUACGAACUGUUAGGCAUCCAAAUAUUUUAUCCUUUCUUCACAGUACUGAGGCUGAAACUAUUGAUGGUUCUGCUUCCAAGAUUACAAUUUAUAUUGUUACAGAACCUGUUAUGCCAUUGUCUGAAAAGAUCAAGGAGUUGUGUCUAGAAGGUACCCAAAGGGAUGAGUAUUAUGCUUGGGGUCUGCAUCAGAUAGCUAAAGCUGUGAGCUUCUUAAACAAUGACUGUAAACUUGUUCAUGGUAAUGUUUGCUUGGCCAGCGUAGUUGUAACUUCAACCUUGGAUUGGAAGCUCCAUGCUUUUGACGUGCUUUCUGAGUUUGACGGGAACAAUGAAUCUUCCAGUGGGCAAAUGCUGCAAUAUGCCUGGCUCAUUGGAUCCCAAUAUAAACCGAUGGAACUGGUGAAGUCUGACUUGUCUGUUAUUAGAAAAUCCCCUCCAUGUGCCAUUGAUUCUUGGGGAUUGGGUUGUCUCAUCUAUGAACUUUUUUCUGGUUUAAAGUUGGGCAAAACAGAGGAGCUGCGAAAUACUGCUUCCAUCCCCAAGUCUUUACUUCCAGAUUAUCAACGACUAUUGAGCUCUAUGCCUUCUCGCAGGCUGAAUACAUCCAAGCUUAUAGAAAACAGUGAAUAUUUUCAAAAUAAGUUGGUCGACACUAUACACUUCAUGGAAAUUCUUAGCCUAAAGGAUAGCGUUGAGAAGGAUACCUUCUUCCGCAAGCUCCCAAUUCUAGCUGAACAACUUCCUCGUCAAAUAGUACUGAAAAAGUUGCUUCCGUUAUUAGCUUCUGCCCUUGAAUUUGGUUCAGCUACUGCCCCUGCCUUGACAGCACUGUUAAAAAUGGGUUCUUGGCUUUCAACUGAAGAAUUCAAUGCUAAGGUUCUACCUACGAUUGUGAAAUUAUUUGCUUCCAAUGACCGAGCUAUCAGAACUGGACUCUUACAACAUAUUGAUCAAUUUGGAGAAUCAUUGUCUUCCCAAAUGGUUGAUGAACAGGUCUAUCCUCAUGUUGCCAAUGGGUUCAACGACACAUCUGCUUUUCUUCGUGAAUUAACUCUGAAAUCCAUGCUUGUUUUGGCUCCCAAGCUUUCUCAACGGACUAUUUCCGGGUCAUUAUUGAAGUACCUUUCAAAGUUACAGGUUGAUGAAGAAGCAGCAAUCCGAACAAAUACGACCAUAUUGCUUGGGAACAUUGCAAGUUACUUGAAUGAAGGGACAAGGAAGAGAGUUUUAAUUAAUGCUUUCACUGUCCGUGCACUGCGUGAUACAUUUUCUCCAGCCCGUGGUGCAGGCAUCAUGGCAUUAUGUGCUACAAGUGGAUAUUAUGACAGUGCAGAGAUUGCAACCAGGAUUCUUCCUAAUGUUAUUGUGCUUACUGUAGAUCCUGACAGUGAUGUUCGAUUGAAAUCCUUUCAAGCAGUUGAUCAGUUCUUACAGAUAUUAAAGCAAAACAAUGAGGAAAUGUCGGGAGAUACAGCUGCAUUAGGUUUGAACAUCCCGUCUCUACCAGGAAAUGCUAGUUUGCUCGGAUGGGCGAUGAGCUCCUUAACUCUAAAAGGAAAACCCUCUGAGCAUGGUUCUAGCGCUCCUGUAAGCUCUAAUGCACCUUUGGCUGCUACAAGCUCUGAUUCCACAUUAGUUGAAAACCCUCCAACUACCUCACCUAUAAGGGUAAGCUCGAGUUUCGAUUUAACUGAACAACACGCAACUGAAUCCCCUACAUCGACUGAUGGUUGGGGCGAAGUUGAAAAUGGAAUUCAUGAUGAAGAUGAAAAUGAGAAGGAUGGGUGGGACGAGUUGGAACCGCUCGAGGAGUCUAAACCGUCUCCAGCUCUUGCCAACAUUCAGGCUGCUCAAAAACGACCUGUAUCUCAAAUUGUGUCACAAACGAAACGACCAAUUCAUUCAGGUUCAAGUUCGGGUUCAAGAAGUACACCCAAGCCAACUAAAGAAGACGAAGAUCUGUGGGGUUCCAUAGCUGCCCCUGCUCCAAGAACUGGUUCGAAACCAUUGAAAGUAAAAGCAAGCACAACUAUUGACGACGACGAUCCUUGGGCUGCCAUCGCCUCUCCCGCACCUAUGACACGAGCUAAGCCAUUGUCAGCUGGUAGGGGAAGAGGAAACAAACCCGCUGCUCUAAAACUAGGCGCACAACGGAUAAACCGAACAUCGUCGACAGGUAUAUGAUUACAUAUAGUACAAAUCAAAAAAGAAAAAAAGAAAGAUUUCAAGAUUCAAAUUGCCUGCAAAUU